AUGUGGCGAGGAGGAGGAGGAGGGAGGAGGGGGGAGAAGUCUAUGAUAUUGAAACAGGAACGGUGUCUCGGAGUCAGGGUGGGACUGCCGAGCGGAACAGUCUCUCUACCGUCAGAACAACUAACUAUACAAAAUGGUAAGUUGAGUGAAGCGGAUAAGGAAAAGAAGAUCAAGAAGAAGAAGGUAAAGGAAGAAGCGCCCGCUGAAGAGGCGCCCGCCGCCGCACCAGCCGCCGCCCCGGCCGGGGAGCGCGCCUCCUCCCGCGGCAGCCGCAAGGCCAAGCGCACCGGCUCCAAUGUCUUCUCCAUGUUCAGCCAGAAGCAGGUCGCUGAGUUCAAAGAGGCCUUCCAGCUAAUGGACCACGACAAGGACGGUAUCAUCGGCAAGAGCGACCUCCGCGCCACGUUCGACUCGCUCGGCCGUCUCGCCACCGAGAAGGAGCUGGACGAGAUGGUCAGCGAGGCGUCCGGACCCAUCAACUUCACGCAGCUGUUGACUCUGUUCGCGGGCCGCAUGUCCGGCGGCUCGGACGAUGACGACGUCGUCAUCAACGCCUUCAAGACCUUCGACAGCGACGGCAAGAUCGACUCCGAGCGGCUGAGGCACGCGCUCAUGACCUGGGGAGACAAGUUCUCCGCCGACGAGGUCGACGAGGCCUACGACCAGAUGGAGAUCGACGAGAAGGGCUUCAUCGACACCAACAAGCUGAUCACCAUGCUGACGGCCAGCGCCGAGGACGAGGAGGGCGGCGAGGCGGCGUAG